AUGGAUCUCGCAACGUUUUUUUACAACCUUCACGAGGAAGUGUCUUGUUCGGUGUGUUCGGACUUAUUCACGGAUCCUAAACAACUCUCCUGUCUGCACAGUUUUUGCUUAAAGUGUUUGAAAGGAUGGUACGAAACGUGCGGAGGCGGAGACACCAUUAAAUGCCCGAAGUGCCAAACGCUCAGUCGAGUUCCUACAAGCAGUGAGCUAAAAGAUCUUCCAACCAGUUUUUAUUUGAAUGGUUUAAUCGAUGUUCUUGCUAUAAAAGAAUGCAACAAGACUCAAGUGAAGUGUGGAAACUGCGACAAGAAGAAUUCAGAAGUUUCGUACUGUUUCCAGUGUUGUAUCUUUUACUGUGAUCAAUGUGCGGCCGCCCACAGUAUUUUGCGAAGAAACAGAGGGCACCGCGUAUUGGCUAUCAAAGAGUUUCAAGACAAAGACCUCGAGGAUGUAUUGAAGCGACCAGUAUUUUGUUCAAGACAAGAUCAUCGGGAAGAAGAGUUAAAAUACUACUGCAAGGAAUGUGAAACGGCACUUUGCCAAACUUGCGUCACUUUGGAUCAUGGAGGUCAUGCACUGAAAUUAAUCAAAGAAGAAGCUGAAAGUCAAAAACUGGAGAUAAAAUCUGUUAUCGAAAGGCAAAAGAAUAAUUUAGAAUUAAAAAUGAACGUAUUAACUCAACUGGAUAAAGAUUCCGUUGACAUGAUUCAAGAAAACGAAAUCGUGAAGAGAGACGCCAAAAGGUUUGCUGAUGGCUUGAUCAAUUUAAUUCAAGCAAAACUGAAAGACAUUAUUACUACGGCGGAAAACCAAACCAAGAAGUCACUUGAAAGUUUAAAAGCAAAAAGAAGUGAGAUUCAGCAUCAGAUAAAUGUCAUGAAAUCAUCACUGGAGGAAGCUGAAAAACGUUUAAAACGAAGUACCACCGUCGACGUUGUUCAACUUAAAAAAUCACUACAAGCAAUGUUUCAGAAGGUUGAUCCUAUUGUUCAUGACUGCGGGAGUUUUCAAGCUUUUGUUUUCGUGAAAAAUCAGAAGAUUCUUGAUAUCGUCGAGGGGGAAGAAAUUGGAUUAUUGAAAGAAGGUUAUCGGACAAAAGCAAGAGAAACUCUGGCUGAAGGUGAAGGACUGAAGGAAGGAACUGUUGGGCGUAAAGUUCAAUUCAAUUUGAUCACAAGAAACGCUGAGAGAAAGCAGUGGUAUGAUGAGAGGGACCGUGUCACUGUAAAGAUCAAGGACGAGAAAGGACAAAACAACGUAACGGAAGUGCAAAUAAAUGAUAACAAGGAUGGCAUGUACAACACCAGUUAUUAGAGCGGUUUUCAUUUGAGUGUCGAAAAGUAAUUGGUUUUGCACUUUCUACACGAUGCGAUUGGCUUAAAAGAUUCGCGCCACCUUUUCAUCCAAUCAGAAGUAAAACCAAAGCCAAUUGUGACGCGCUCGCAUGCAUUUUCCCGCGCUUUGCGUCAGCCACAUGUAAUUACUUCGAGUUUUGAUUGGUUCAAUGCAUUGUCUGUGUCCUAUGUGAUUGGCCAGAGUAAUUACUUUGGUUUUGGUUUUACGACACUCAAACGAAAACCACUCUAAUGUGAUAGUAAAACCGUUUCAUUUCAAUCCUGUUUUGUUUUUCGGGUAGCAAGGCUAGGGUGAUGGAAUGUUUACGUAUCCAGUUGGGGUGGCAGUAAAUGACGAGGACGAAAUAGUGGUAGCUGAUCAAAGCAACAAUCGGGUUCAAGUGUUUGACAGUAAUGGUACUUUCCUAAGAUCCUUUGGUCGCAAAGGCGAAAACGAUGGAGAGUUCAAAUACCCUUUUGGAAUAGCCAUUGAUAGGGACAGAAAAAUUUUUGUAGCAGACACUAACAACCACAGAAUUCAAAUUCUUAGUUGGGAGGGGAGGCAUCUGGAUUCAUUUGGCGGCCAAGGAAGCCUUGAUAGUCAGCUCCAUCAUCCUUGGGGUUUAUCCUUAGAUAGUACUGGUAAUCUUAUUGUGGCUGAUGCAGGUCACAAACUGAUUAAGAUCUUUACCCCGGAUGGUAGGUUUGUAAUGAAGAUAGGUGGGCAGGGUUCCUUUAGUUUUCCUACUCACUGUGUUCAGUGUGGUGAAUAUUUCAUAGUGUCAGACUCAAAUGAACACUGUAUCAAAGUAUUUAACAGGGAGGGGCAUUUUCUUUACAAGUUUGGUAAGAAGGGGGAGGGGGACGGGGAGUUUAAUUGUCCACAAUUUUUGUCAGUAACUCAGUCAAAGCACCUGUUGGUCUGUGAUCGCAGAAAUAAUAGAAUACAAGUCUUUAAGGUAGAUGGAACAUUUGUGCAAAAAUUCGGUUUAAAAGGCUCCAACUAA